AUGAGUACAAGUGCAGGAAAUGGAACCUUGCCUAGCUCAUCUUUUGAUAAAGAAUAUCUAGAGGUAUUUAUAAAUUCUUUUACAAACCUAAAAAUUAUACCACUAAUUGAUAGAAAUGUGUUAUUUCAAUAUUAUUAUGGUAUCUCUCGAAGUAACGAUAAAAAUUUAAUUCUAAAAGCACAAAAUAUAUGUGAAGAAAUUUUUAGCUUAAGAAAACAAGACAAAUAUCUUAUAGAAGACGCAAUUCUUGAUAGAUGUCUUGAUAUGUGGUAUAUUCUCAAUGGUAACUAUUACCAGUUAGCAAAUGAAACAAAAAAUAACAAAUAUUCAAAUCAAGCAAAUUCAUGGCAAAUAUCACUAGAAUCAGAAGUAAAAAAUGAACAGAAUAAUAAAGGAAUUGACAAUGUGUUUGAGAAAAAUGAAAGAGAUGAUUCUAAUAAGGAUAGGGCACUGGCUAGCGAACCAAAACUACACUUAAAAGCUUCAAUCUCAAAUUUAAUAGUAGAAGAAGUUGACGUAUGUGAUUAUAUCGAUAGUGAAGAUGAAGAAUAUAUUAACAUGCGUAAUAGCGCUGUACUAGGUCAAGAUGUUAAAGAAGCUAAAUCUGAACAACUUGAUACAUGUCCUUCUGAUAAAGAAAUUAUACAUGACCUCUCUAAUAUGAUAGUUGAAGAAGUCGAUGUAAGUGAGUAUAUCCCAGAUAAUUUUGACCUCUGCGAAUAUUACAAGAGUUUACAGCAAAAGAAAAGAAGCCCAACACAUAUCAAAUUCAAUUUUGAGGAGUAG